AUGGGUUGGUUCGGGUUUGGAGGAAGCAGCGACACUCCGUCAUCAUCUGUUGAAACACCAUCAACUACUCUUGAUUUGAAUGCUGGAAUGAACUUUUCUGUUCCCGGAUUUGAUGCACCAGUUAGUUUUUAUAAAUUUCAAUUGAAUUUGGAACAUAGAAAAGUCAUGAACUUUUUACAGGCUAAUUCACAACCAUCAGUACCAGAUCAUUCUCCAUUUCCAGCUGCUCCAGUUUUAGCUCUUGAUCAAUUGAAACAUGCUGGAGUAAAUGUUUCGAGACAAAUGACACCUUAUGUUCAGGUUGGUAAAUAUUUUUAUGAAUUUUUAAUAUAUCGAAAAAUUAUGAAAUUGUUUCAGAUGGAUCCUUCGAUGUUUGUUUCACAACAACCACAAUAUAUUAUGCCAGAAGGAGGAGUUUCUGGAAAAGGAAACUUUGAAUUUGCUCUCGGACAUAUUGGAUGGGCAGUUGGUGGAGCAUUUGGUGUUGGUUGUGCUCGGGGUGCAUUUGGAGAACUUCUCAAUCCAGCAACCCGGAAAUUGGUUGGAAAACCAUGGAUGACAAGAAUGGUAAAUGCAACAAUGAAACAUGGAUCAGGAUUUGCUCAACCAGCUGGAGCUAUUGUUUUCAUGUAUUCUGCACUUGAAAUUGGAUUAAGAAAUGUGCGAGCUGAAGACGAAUUAAAUUCAUUUGGAGCUGGUGCUUUAACUGGAGCAAUUUAUCGUAGUCCAUACGGGUUGAAAGCUAGUGGAAUUGGAGCAUUAGUUGGACUUGGAAUUGCAACUGCCUGGACUUUAUCAAGCACUGAUUCGAGACAACGAUUGAGUGAGAUUUUUAACAAUAAUUAA